AUGGGCCAAAUCUUAUCAAAUCCAAUCAUUGACAAAACGGUAUUCUCAGGAACAGAUGAGUUCACAUCGUUUGGUAUAUCAUCUAUGCAAGGAUGGAGAAUAAACAUGGAAGAUUCCGAUAUUCAAGAAUUAAAAGUUCAAAUAGUAAACACUGCAACUGACCUAGAGGAAGAAGAUCAUUUGGCACUUUUCGCAGUUUUCGAUGGACAUGGUGGACCAAACGUAGCUAGAUUUUGUAGAGAAAAAUUUACUUCAAUAUUUAAACGACAGUUCGCAUCAAUUGAACAGAAGCAGAAACAGAAACAUUUGGAAUCCAUGUACAUGGAUGCAUUAGAGAAUACAUUCUUCGAUUUGGAUAAAGAAUUGUUGUCAAGAUCAUUUAACGUUAAUGAAAAAAGUGGGUCCACAGCAAUUGUUAUUUUAAUUUCAAAGAAAUUGAAUUUAGUAAUUUGUGCCAAUGCAGGUGAUUCCAGAUCGAUUAUUUCCAUAGAUGGUCAAGCAAAGAAUUUAUCAUUCGAUCAUAAGCCAAAUUUAAUUAAUGAGAAAUUAAGAAUUGAGAAAGCAGGUGGAUUCAUUGAAAUGAAUCGUGUUAAUGGAAACUUAGCACUAUCGAGAGCUAUUGGUGAUUUUAAUUAUAAAAUGAAUGAUAAAUUGUCGAAAUAUGAGCAAAUGGUUACAUGUGCUCCUGAUUUCAUAACGCAUACCUUAGAUUAUGCGGAUGACGAAUUUGUAAUACUAGCAUGUGAUGGAAUAUGGGAUUGUUUAUCUUCACAGGAUUGUAUCGAUUUGGUUCAUUAUGGGAUACAUUUAGGUAAUAUGUCAUUGACUGAUAUUUGUUCUAAAAUAAUUGAUUGUGUAUUAUCCCCGGAUGCAGAAGGAUCAGGUAUCGGAUGUGAUAAUAUGACUAUAAUAAUUGUGGCAUUAUUGAAAAAUGAAGAAUCUUUACACGAUUGGUUCCAACGUAUUAGAAAUAAAAACUCAAAUAAUAAGAAAAAUUUAAUUUCGUUCGAACAGAAAAGAAGACAAAUUUUUAGUUACUAUAAAUUCCCUGAUGAUGAUAAAUUAAUAUUCAAUGCUACUUCAGGGCCACCUAUAGAAAACAAAGCUGCCUCCACAAAUAAUGAUAAAAAGGGUACAACAAGUAAUAACGACAAGGAGGAAAGCCACGAUGAAAAAGAUUCAAAAACUGGUAAUCCAUUAAAUCUAUUUUCUCUCGAUAAACUAUUAAAGGCUGACGCCAAAAUGAAUGAAAACGUAAACACGGAGACAAUGUAUGAAGAUAACUCAAUAAGUCAAAUGAUAGCUUCAUUAAGUGACGCAGCUGCAGGCGAGACUGGUCCAGAUACUACAGACGAUGGCGAUGACGAUGAUGACGAAUGUGAGAGUGCUAAUGAGAAAAAACGAACUAACAGUACCGAAUAA